AUGGGUACCGGUAAGAAGGAAAAGCAAAGAAGAGUCCGUCAAAAUGACACCAGGGACGGUAACCUACGAGUGAAAGGUGAAAAUUUCUACAGGGAUGCCAAAAAGGUUCAAUUCUUAAACAUGUACAAAGAUGGUAAAUCCAUCCGUAAUAAGAGGGGUGACUUGAUCCGUGCAGCUCCUUUACAAGAUGCAACUAUCCCAGACGCUAAAGUACAACCUGACCGUCGUUGGUUUGGGAAUUCUCGUGUCAUUUCUCAAGAUGCUUUACAACAUUUUAGAUCUGCUCUUGGUGAAACUUCAAAGGACACCUACCAAGUCCUAUUGAAAAGAAACAAAUUACCCAUGUCAUUAUUGGAAGAAAAGGAUAGUAGUGAUUCUCCUCAGGCCAAAAUUUUAGAAACGGAAACUUAUACUCAAGCAUUUGGACCUAAAUCACAAAGAAAAAAACCAAGAAUCGCAGCAUCAAGUUUGAAUGAUAUCGUACAAAGUGCCGAAAAUGAUUCAAAGAAAUAUGAAGAAAAAGUGGAACUGGAUACUACUUUAGGGCUUAUGGCUGGUACUCUUGACGAUGAAGUCAAUGGAUGGUCUCAAGUAGCUAAGGAACAUAUUUUCAGUAAGGGUCAAUCCAAACGUAUUUGGAAUGAAUUAUAUAAAGUUAUUGAUUCAUCAGAUGUGGUGAUUCAUGUCUUAGAUGCAAGAGAUCCAAUGGGGACUCGUCGUAAAUCAGUGGAAGAAUAUAUGACCAAAGAAACUCCACAUAAACAUUUGAUUUAUGUCUUAAAUAAAUGUGAUUUGGUACCCACUUGGGUUGCUGCAGCUUGGGUUAAACAUUUAUCAAAGGAACGUCCAACUUUAGCCUUCCAUGCAUCUAUUACCAAUUCUUUCGGUAAGGGUUCUUUAAUUCAAUUAUUACGUCAAUUUUCUCAAUUACAUAGUGAUAGAAAACAAAUUUCUGUUGGGUUCAUUGGCUAUCCAAACACGGGUAAAUCCUCUAUUAUUAACACAUUAAGGAAAAAGAAGGUUUGUCAAGUGGCUCCAAUCCCAGGUGAAACUAAAGUUUGGCAAUAUAUCACUUUAAUGAAAAGAAUCUUCUUGAUUGAUUGUCCAGGUAUUGUACCACCUUCAACAAAGGAUAGUGAAGAAGAUAUUUUAUUUAGAGGUGUAGUUAGAGUGGAACAUGUCUCGAAUCCAGAACAAUUUAUCCCAGGUGUUUUAAAACGUUGUCAAGUUAAACAUUUAGAAAGAACUUAUGAAAUCUCAGGUUGGAAAGAUGCAACUGAGUUCAUCGAGAUGUUAGCAAGAAAACAAGGUAGACUGCUGAAAGGUGGUGAACCAGAUGAGUCUGGUGUUUCGAAACAAAUUUUGAAUGAUUUCAAUAGAGGUAAGAUCCCAUGGUUCGUUAUUCCUCCAGAAAAGGAAACUAAAGAAGAAGAAGACGACGACAAAAAGAAGUCUGGUGUGAAGAGAAAAGCGGAAGACACUGCUGAAGACAUCAAAGAAGGCCAAGAAAAGAAUCAAGAAGAAGACGAAGAACAAGAACAACAGUCGGGAAAGAAAGAAAUAGAGAUAACUGAAACCAAGAGAGUGAAAACUGCAUGA